AUGGCUAUAGCCACUCCAAACGGCCAAACGCAGCCACUUGUGUCGGAUACCAAAUGCAUAGUACCCGGGAUUCUGCCAUACAGGACACUCGCAAUACCCUCAUCGGAAGACGACCCCGAACUUCGCCGGAAGUAUCGCCCAUUCCUCCUCGAGUUCGACUCGUCUCCGGACUGGGUCAAUGACCUAGAAUUAACAUCUGUGCUUGACCUGGCUGAGAAAGACCUGGUGGCCACGAAUAGCCGGUUGAAAGUCCUCGUGCUCUACGGUAGCCUCCGACGUCGAUCAUACUCAAAGCUGGUGGCGUUUGAGGCCUCGCGAAUCCUUUUCCGUCUCGGUUGUGACGUCCGUAUCUUCAACCCCGAAGGCCUUCCCGUGAAAAAUGAUGUUGAUCACACGCAUCCAACAGUCCAGGAACUCCGAGCGCUGAGCGCGUGGAGUGACGGGCACGUGUGGAUUUCACCAGAGCAGCAUGGGAAUUUGACCGCCGUCUUCAAAAACCAAAUUGACUGGAUCCCUCUCAGUACAGGAUCCAUCAGGCCAACUCAAGGCCGCACCCUCGCAAUUGGACAAGUUUGCGGCGGAUCGCAGUCCUUCAAUGCAGUAAACUCACUGCGCAUCCUUGGCCGCUGGAUGCGCAUGUUGACGAUCCCGAACCAGUCGUCUAUUCCCAUGGCAUAUACGCAUUUCCCUGACGAGGGUCAAGAGGGGGACCAGCGACUGAAACCGAGUUCAAAUCGCGAUCGAUUGGUCGAUUGUAUGGAGGAGUUUGUCAAAUAUACGAUUCUUAUGAGGCCGCAUCUUGAGACUUUCGGCGAUCGGUUUAGGUCCGCGUGCCACUGCGUGUUGCGAAUUACUGCCGAGGACCUCAUUCGGGUCCGAAAUAAUCAGCGCAAAUCGCGAGAGCGGAGGAAGCAUCAUGUUGCGGAGUUGGAGCAGAAGGUAAAGCAGCUGGAGUCAGCGGUAGCAGCGGCCAAAGUACCCAUGCCGAGCAUGAGCCUGGCAAAGGAGAAUCGCAUACUUAGAACCCUGCUGGAGUCGAUUGGGUUUGACAGCUUAUCGCUCGAGGGAUAUGUACAGGGUGCCCCUCUUGGUGGAGUGCAGGUGUCGUUGGAAUCCGAUUUUAUCGCUCCCGCGGGUCCUGUAGCUGGUGUGGGGUUUGGGGGGUUGGAGCCAGGGUUGAUGCCUACUGAUCAACUCUACGCUCUCGCUACAGGAGAACCAAGUUCCAGUAUUCAGAAUAUAGGCCUUGUUAGCCCCGAUGUCUUGGAUCUCUCGUACUCUGCCCCAACACAGGGGACGAAUGAGAUCUCACUGGACAUACUUCAGAGUCAGCCUCCAAUAUGGGACACUGAAUUAAUAAUGACCGAAGACCCAGCCGGUAUACUGCACACCCUAGGUGGAGAAACCUCGCGCCCAGCAAACUCUGUCAACGGUGAGACUACACUAUGCAGCGUCGCAUUCCACCUUAUUAUCCAGUGCAGACGCACGGGAAAGGGUGUGCUCGAGCUCGAGACGAAGCUGCGGCAUGGGUACAAGAUGCCCGCUGGUCCCGGGGAAGGUUGUCGGGUGGAUAAUGGGACUCUUUUGGCGGUGCUUGCUGAGCUUCAAUUUAGCAACGCCAAUAGUGUGGAGGAUAGCCUCGCCCGCGCAUUCGGCUACUCGGCGGAGGACCUGGCCUCGCUCCCUGAGAAGGCGAAUCUGGGUGUUAGUUGCGGUAACCCGGUUGCUGUUGCAGGGAUCAAGGAGGGCGAAACAGUCGUGGAUUUAGGAAGCGGAGCUGGUAUUGAUGUCUUCCUCGCUGCUCAGAAGGUCGGCCCGCAGGGAAAGGCGAUUGGGGUCGAUAUGACAGAAGAAAUGAUAAGCCUAGCACGCCGAAACGCAACUCGCUCUAACCUGCAAAACACUCUCUUCAUCCAAUCCCCCAUCACAUCAAUCCCGCUGGAGGACUCCACAGUGGACUGCAUAAUCAGCAACUGCGUUAUUAAUCUUGUCCCACACCAAGAUAAACCAGUCGUCUUUGCUGAAAUUGCACGACUACUAAAGCCCGGCGGCCGCGUUGCGGUCAGCGAUAUCCUUGCCCGGCGCGAGCUCCCCGCAGCCAUCCUGGAUGAUAUGGCGCUGUACGUCGGUUGUGUUGCGGGGGCAAGUCAAGUGACGGAGUACCGGGCUUGGUUGGAGGGGGUUGGGCUUACGGAUAUCCUGCUUCUGGACAUGAAGGCCGAUAUAAACCUCUACAAGCAGUCCUCGGAGACAAGUCAGGGCAAUUGUGGUGCUGCCAAAGAGUCAGUGAGGCUUUCCGCAGGUGAGUUUGCAGACGUUGAUUUUAACGCGUGGGGAGAAAAGUUGGAUUCGGCAAUGCGAUUGGGGGCAAAGGGAGGAGUUCAUUAUAUGGAUAAGAAUUGGGAAGACGGAUUACUGGACUUCUUGCCUUCGAAGAGAAGGGAAUUCGAUGCGGUGAUUGAUGGCACCGAGGGAGAUAUUGUUCAUACAGCGGUCAAACUACUCAAGGCUGGAGGGAUAGUAGUGAUCUACGGCAUGACUAUGGCACCGUCACUGUCCUUUCCGAUGCGGGCAAUAUUGAAGAAUCUCGAUAUCCGUGGGACGGCGCUUGGGUCUCGCCGAGAGUUUGCUGAGAUGGUGGGCUUUGUUAGAGAGAAACGAAUCACACCGGUCAUCUUCUCUCGAGUAUUGAAUGGCAUCGAAAAUGUGAAGGCAAUUGAAGAACAGUUUGAUAUAUUGAGAUCUGGUAGACAGUUCGGAAAGUUGGUGAUCAAACUAGAUGCCGAAGAACACUGCAAACUGUAG